GUGUGUGUGUGUGUGUGUGUAAGCGGAUCUGAUUAAAGCAGGAUCUGUCUCAGAGCUCGGACCGACCCGUGUGUGUGUGUGUGUGUGUGUGUGUGUGAGAGAGAGAGAGAGAGAGAGAGAGUGUGUGUGUGUGUGUGUGUGUGUGUGUGUGUACACACACACAGUCGUGCAGGUCUGAUCUACAGCACGACACACUGCACACAGAUCGGACCGGCGGCGCGGAGAUCAGAGGAUAAUCAGACCGGGUCACCGCGAGGAGAGGGGGAGACAGGAGCAGGCUGGUGGUGGUGUGAGAUGGCGAGUGAUGAUGUGGAGGCGGGUGAAGCGUUACCUGUGGAGCGAGGUGGGGCGGAUUGGGGUGAGGAGGAGGGGGAGGGGGAGGGGGACACAGGGGGCGCAGGGGGGGCCAGCAGGGGGGCCGGGUGCUGCGAGAGGUUCCACAUGUCCGUGUCCAAGUGGAUGCUGCCUGAGGACCUGAGAGAGACGUACCUGGAGAGAGCCAACUGCUGCCCGCCGCCCAUCUUCAUCAUCCUCAUCAGCCUCGGAGAGUUGGCGGUGUUUGUUUAUUACGCGGUGUGGAAGCCCCAGAAGCAGUGGAUAACUCUGGAUGAUGGAAUCUGGAAGAGUCCGCUGACGUAUAAACCUGACGAGCGCGAGGAGGCGUGGCGUUUCCUCUCCUACAUGUUUGUACACGCCGGAGUUCAGCACAUCAUGGGAAACCUGACUCUCCAGCUUCUCCUCGGGAUCCCCUUAGAACUGGUCCAUAAAGGGUUCGAGGUGGGGAUGGUGUACAUGGGCGGCGUUCUCGCAGGCUCAUUAGCGAGCUCCAUCUUUGACCCGUACAGCGCCCUCGUCGGGGCGUCCGGAGGAGUGUAUGCGCUGAUCGGAGGUUACUUCAUGAACGCUGUAGUGAACUUUAGAGAGAUGAUUCCUCUGCUCGGAGUGUUCCGCAUCACCGUCAUCGUCCUCAUCGUUGGCACAGACGUGGGCUUCGCUCUCUACAGACGUUUCCUGACCAGCGCUGCAGGACUCAAGGUGUCGUUUGUGGCUCACAUCGGUGGAGGAAUCGCAGGAAUGACCAUCGGCUACGUGUUCUUCAGUAACUACAACCAGAAGCUCCUCCGUGAUCCUCGCUUCUGGUUCUGCAUCGUGGGCUACAUCGCCUUCCUGCUCUUCGCCGUCGUCUUCAACAUCUUCCUGUCUCCGGCUCCUCGCUGAUCAGACGCGGAACCCUGGCCGUCUCAGAGUCUCCAUCAACACCAACGCUAACGUUCAUGACGCGGCCAGACGUUCAGAUCCAUUUCAUUUAAAUUGAUUAUAUAAAUAAAUGAAGUUUUAGGUUUAUUGAUGGAGCUCUGUAACCUCGCUGUACCUUGUUAACACCAGGACACCGUGUACACCGGGACGAGGACCUUCAGUGGGGACUUUUGAUAUUUCAUGUUACUGAAGAAAACUGAUUUUAUUUACGGUGCUGACGGGUUUCUUUUGGGUUUCAGGGUUUUUACAGGGUUUUGUAUUUUAUCUGGUUUUUAGCUUUUGUGGUUUUUAUUAGUUACAGAAUGAACAGUUACACUUGUUUUUCUAACCCGUUUAUUAUCAGUGGCACGAGGGCUGGCCACGCCCCCAUUGUUACUAUGGAAACCAUAACGUAUCAGAGUGAGCACAUAAAUACCACCGGAGCUGCUGUUAUAGAAAAUGAAUCACCACCACCAGGGUGUAAUAAAACUCAACACUGUUUAGUGAACGUGUGUGUGUGUGUGUGUGUGUGUGUGUGUGUGUGUGUGUGUGUGUGUGUGUGUGUGUGUGUGUCAGUCAGUGAGUUACUGAAUUAUUUGUUACUGGAGUUAUGUGAUUAAUUUUGAGAUCAGAAUUUAUGGAUCAGGAUUUCUUCAUCCUAUGAGAUUAAUUUCUGGUCCAAACGCCGGCGUAUUAAGGAGCAGUUCUGCCAAAGAUGUCGAGUGUGUGUAGGUUCCAGUCCCCUGAAUAUAAAACACAAGCACUGACCCACUGUGAGCAGCAGGAGGCGCUGUCUAUCAGGAUCCAGGUGUGAUUUUAUUGUGUCUCAGGUGUGUCUCAGGUGUGUCUCAGGUGUGUGUGUGUACUGAUCUAUAAUCUCAUUAAUGUAAACAAUAAGAAUCUUAAAUCUGAUUGUGUUUAUUUACUGUUACCUUAAAGAUAAAGUUUACUUGUUUUAUGAUCUUAUAAACCUGUUGCAGCUGAAGUUUUCAUUAAAAGCUGUUUAUCAGA